ACACGAAAAAGCAAGCAAGCGAGCAGGAAUAGCAAUAUGCCCGUCAAGCUUCUCCGGACGCCCACCGCCGGGCGACGCCACCGCUUGCUGGUGCUGCACCUCGUUCCCGGCCUCCUGCUUGUGCUGCUCUCGUGCUCGUGCUCGGCGUCGGCGUCGGCGUCGACGGUGGUCACCCACCUGCCAGGAUUCGAUGGCCCUCUCCCCUUCUACCUCGAAACCGGAUACGUUGGCGUGGAGGAGGAGACCGGGACGGAGCUCUUCUACUACUUCGUCGAGUCGGAGAGGAGCCCCGGCACGGACCCCGUCAUCCUGUGGCUCACCGGCGGGCCUCGCUGCUCGGGCUUCAGCGGCUUCGCCUUCGAAGUUGGUCCCGUGAAGUAUGUGCUAGCGCCGUACACUGGAGUUUUGCCGCGGCUGGUACAGAACCCGCUGUCAUGGACCAAGAUGGCGAGCAUCAUCUUCCUCGAUUCGCCGGUCUGCUCGGGCUUCUCGUAUGCUCGUGACCCCAAAGGCUGCGACGUCGGAGACUACUCGUCGUCUCUGCAAGUCCAAAGAUUCCUGAACAAGUGGUUCACUCAUCACCCGCAGUACCUUUCAAAUCCUUUCUACCUUGGAGGAGAUUCAUACGCCGGAAAGGUGAUUCCACUUAUUGCAACAUACAUUUCACAAGGAACUGAAAAAAGGGAGCAGCCUCUCAUUAAUCUCAAGGGCUAUUUGGUCGGCAAUCCUAUAACAGACCCAAAGUUCGAUAGAAAUUUCCGAGUACAAGGUGCUCAUGGCUUUGGGAUAAUAUCUGACCAAAUAUAUGAGGCUGCAAUGAAAAACUGCAAAGGGAAUUAUGUAAUCCCCGAGAAUCAACUGUGUGCUGAGGUGCUAGAAACUGUAGACAGUCUCAUCUCUGAAAUCGCAGACGGACACGUCUUGUACAAAAAAUGUGUCGUCGCCACGCCAAAGCCCAUAGAUGAUGCUACAAGAAGAAAAUUUCUGCUAGAAGAAUCAAUCAAGCCAAAUGAAGCGCCCGGUCGACCUACCGUCGAUUGUUUUACAUACGGUUACUACCUGGCAUACUUUUGGAUGAACAACAAGAUGACUAGAGAUGCUCUCGGUAUCAAGGGGGGAACAGUUAGUGAGUGGGUGAGAUGCAAAAAAGAACUCCCCUACACACAGGACAUGCCAAGCAGCAUACCGUAUCAUCUUAAUCUCACCAAGAGAGGCUACCGUGCACUCGUGUACAGCGGAGACCAUGAUCUCCAGGUGCCUCACCUCAGCACGCAGGCAUGGAUAAGAUCCUUGAACUUCUCCAUCGUCGAUGAUUGGAGGGCAUGGCAUCUAGGCGGCCAGGCUGCAGGAUUUACCAUCUCAUAUGCGAACAAUUUGACAUUUGCAACAAUAAAGGGUGGUGGUCAUACUGCUCCAGAGUACCGGCCUGAAGAAUGCUUUGCCAUGGCCCGAAGGUGGCUUGACAACAAGCAACUCUAAUGCUUUGACCCCACAAAAAUUUCUCUCAUAACACAAUUCCUUUUAUAUUUAAUUUGCUUAUCUUCACCUGUAAAGAUGCACUCAAUAGUGAUGUAUAUGAAAGAGUAAAUUCCUCAAAAGCACCACAUUUGUGGCUUGGGUACUCCUUUACCACAUUUUUUGUCCAAAAUCACGUGAAGGAUGUUGGACAUCCAGAACCCAGCACGAGUGUGCACACAAAUUUUAGUGUUGGGAUAUCAGAAGACCUUGAUCCAAUUGUUGAGGGAAAUCAUGAAGGAACAAAAGGUAUUGAUGAGAUAACCAUUAACUAUAUUGAUCUAGGAGAAUCAUACAAUAGAGAGACUACAAUUGUCGACAUUUAUUUAUCCUCUAGAAUUGCAGAAGGCCUCGAUUUGGAUUGCGAAUCUAAGUCCAUGACAGAGUGCAUGAAGCGCUCAGACUGGUCCAGAUGGUACGCAUCAAUUGAGGAUGAAUUGUGCUCGCUCAUACAAAGAGGGAUAUUUUCUGCAGUAAUACCCACUCCUCAACAUGUGUUCCCUGUGGGAGCAAAAUGGGUUUUCGUUCGUAAGAGGAACGAGAACAAUGAGGUGGUGAGAUACAAUGCGAGGCUUGUAGCACAGGGAUUCACGCAGAGACCCGGCAUCGAUUACGAUGAAAGAUAUUCUCAUGUUAUGGGUGGAACAACGUUCUAAUAUUUAAUAUCACUGGAAGUGAAAUGAAUUUGUCUAUCCAGCCGAUGGAUGUUGUGACUGCAUAUUUAUAUGGGUCACUGGA